GUCAGGGAGUCGCACAACAUGUGUCAUGGUGUACAUUGAGUGGUUUUUGUUUUUGACGGGACGAACUCUAAAUUAUCCCCCUACUGCCCCAAGUAUUCUACACUUACGCUGAAGCCGUUGAAUAAAGGACAAGCAGGACUAACGGCAACGGCAACGGCAACGUGCAAUCAUGGGGUUACAGAAAGUAUUAAACACCUUUAUCCACCUGUAUUCAUUUGGCAUUAUGGUCGGGUAUCUACUAAUGGUGCUGUUAUCUCCGCUUUAUCAAAAGAUCUCUAAACCCAUGUCCCUGAGACCGAUUCUGGUGGUGUAUAACUAUGCAUGUAGUCUACUCAGCGUCUGUACCUUCGCCAUGUUCGCUUACGGUAUGUACGACGCCGGGUCGGUAUUUCGCAUGGAAUCUACACUGGUACUCAAGCAAGCCUUCCUACUCUACCGCAUAGCCAAAUACAUUGAGCUUCUAGACACCGUCUUUAUGAUUCUACGCCAUAAACGACGGCAGAUUUCAUUUCUUCACGUGUAUCACCACGGCAGUAUGAUAAACCUCGCGGAGUUCUCAUACCUCUUAACGCCAUGGGCGGCCGUUGCUUUCUCCCUUGGUCUUAACUCGCUCAUACACGUUUGUCUUUACUUCUACUAUGGACGGUGCGCAGCAAAUCCAGAUAGCCCGCCCUCAUGGAAGAAACAAAUGACCCAGCUACAGAUUGCGCAAUUCUUCGUCAUACUGGUGCACUGCACGGUUGGUUACCUGUAUCAUGGUUUCUGCGGCUAUUCUAUAUUCUUUUGUAUGACAAUGAUUUAUCUUUUUGGUAGUUUUUACGUCGUUGCAUUUCUCAGGUCUAAACAGCCAAAGGAUCAAAUAAAAUCAGAAUGAUGCAAAAUGUCCACAAAAUGUAUGUUAUUAUUUUUUAAAGUCUUUUCUAAGUUUUUUUUUUCCAGAACAAUGAAGUUGGAUGGACAGUAAUGUAAGGUACAUUAAAACAACAUUUAGAAUUAGGUUGUAGGACUUCAGCAACAUUUUGAGGAGGUGCCAGAUGGUGUUGUUCAGAAUGUAAAGGAGUUGAAUAUUGGCUGAAAAUUUAAAACUGUACGCUAUAACGAUGCUUGCUCAAACAAGUCUAGAAUUAAACUGCAAUUCUUUGUAUUUUCAUUACAUUCCACUGUAAAAUGUUUUCUCAAGACCACAUGACUUGUGAUAAGUUUUAGUACUAUUAAUCAUGAGAAUAGCAGUGUGUGAUUUUUUAAUUAUUUUUGUUUAUAUUUAAGAAACAACCAAAAGGUUCCACGUCGUUUAUCUCCAGCUGUCUAACCGUUAGUUUUGCACACCACUUGGUAGUUUCCUAUACAUUAUGUUAAUCCUAACGUCACGUGUUUUGUUUACACAAUCUUAGCCACAGAGCUCAGUGUUCAUGCACGCACUUUUAGUUCACAGUUUAACGGAAGAAAAUGUCAAAUCUUGUGAAAAUUUACAUCAUCUUUUUUAUUUGCCAUAGAGGGUAUCAUUGUUCAGCUGUUUUUUUAUUAUUUUUUUAUGUUGGAGUUUUUUAUGUGAAUCACAAAUCAACUUGUCUGUCAGAAUAAAUAUUUGGCAAGUUCUGGAUCACACUUUGUUUGUUUUGUAAACGAAUUGACAGUAAUACUUUUGCGUCUUUCGUAUUUUGUGAACAGUAUAAAAUUUAAGGGGUAUUUCUUGACCUCAUUCCCAGGUGUUUGCUCCGAAUAUGCCUUACCAUAUAAUAGUAACAUGAGGCGGGAUCGAUAUGGUUCUUUGCCUAUGGGAUCAAGGCUUACACUUCCUUCAUUUAUCCAAUUUACAAAGAAACAACCAUGGAAAAUGAGUUUGUUUAAAUAUUUCAAUCUGGAAUAAAAUUUGAAUUUUUCUACCACAA